AUGAAAUUACUUAUUUUUAUCCAGUUGACUCUAACAACGUAUGCAUUUGUACCAGAUUAUUUCUCAAUAACUAAACCUGGAAAUCAAUUCCAACCGGCAAAUAUAAUCGAGCUGUUGGCAAUAAAUUCCAAUAUUCGCACACUUAUUCGUUGUGCUAUACUUUGUGAUCGUAAUAUUCAAUGCCGCACAUUCGAUUACGAUUCAAUAUCAAAACAAUGCCGUCUCUUCGAAGGAUCUAUUGAUACUGGUAUUCUUUUAUCUGUUUCUUCGGCAUCAGUUGUCGGCAAUGCUAGUUCGCCAUUAACAUCAAGCUCCACAGUAACGACUACCAUUACCAAAACAACAUCAACAACAUCAUCAUCAUCGUCAUCAUCAACAUCGUCAUCUUCAACAACAUCAACAACAACAACAAAAACAACAUCGUCAACAUCAACAUCAUCAUCAUCAUCAACAACAUCAACAACAUCAUUAUCAACAUCGUCAUCAUCAACAUCAACAACAACAGCAAUGUCAACAGUUGCUCCACCGUGUCCUCCUCAAUCAGUUUCAAAUGGAACACUCUUAUAUCUUAUGAAUCCAACGUCAUUCAUUUAUCCAAAUUAUACUUGUUAUGCAUAUACAUGGACGGCUACAGCACUAUCAGCAACACUAUCUUUCUUUUUUCGUCACGAUCCUGGCAGUCUCACUGGAUGGAAUCAUACAGGCAACUGCGGCAACAACUAUGGACAGGCUACUUCGGGUAGCAGUUAUGCUAAAUCAGGUAGUUGGUAUUAUUAUGAUCCUUGUGCCGGUUAUAUUGGCGGUAAUAUGACGGGCGAUACGAUAAGUCAAACAUUUUCUACAAUUGCCGGUGGUACAUAUACGAUUAGCUUUUGGUUAACAAAUUAUGAUUGCUGUAAUCACACUGAAAUCGCUAAUAUCACUCUUAUUUGA